GCUGCGCCCUCCGCCGCUGGCCUUUGCGACGCGCGCCGCUCGCCCGAGCCACCCGCCGCCGCGCCCGCUCCCCGCGCCGCCGCGCUCCUCGCCCCGCGUCUGCCCCCAGGAUGGUUGGUCCCAGGCACCAGCCCGGCGGGCUUUGCCUCCUGCUGCUGCUGCUCUGCCAGUUCAUGGAGGACCGCAGCGCCCAGGCUGGGAAUUGCUGGCUCCGCCAAGCAAAGAACGGCCGCUGCCAGGUCCUAUACAAGACAGAACUGAGCAAGGAGGAGUGCUGCAGCACGGGCCGCCUGAGCACCUCGUGGACCGAGGAGGAUGUAAAUGACAACACGCUCUUCAAGUGGAUGAUUUUCAAUGGGGGCGCCCCCAACUGCAUCCCCUGCAAAGAGACCUGCGAGAACGUGGACUGCGGUCCAGGGAAAAAAUGCCGAAUGAACAAGAAGAAUAAACCCCGCUGCGUCUGUGCCCCCGAUUGUUCCAACAUCACCUGGAAGGGCCCAGUGUGUGGGCUGGACGGGAAAACCUACCGCAACGAGUGCGCGCUCCUCAAGGCCAGAUGUAAAGAGCAGCCGGAACUUGAAGUCCAGUACCAGGGCAAAUGUAAAAAAACAUGUCGGGAUGUGUUCUGUCCAGGCAGCUCCACAUGCGUGGUGGACCAGACUAAUAAUGCCUACUGUGUGACCUGUAACCGGAUUUGCCCAGAGCCCACCUCCUCUGAACAGUAUCUCUGUGGGAAUGAUGGAGUGACCUACUCCAGUGCCUGUCACCUGAGAAAGGCUACCUGCCUCCUGGGCAGAUCAAUUGGAUUAGCCUAUGAGGGAAAGUGUAUCACAAAGUCCUGUGAAGAUAUCCAGUGCACCGGUGGAAAAAAGUGUUUAUGGGAUUUCAAGGUUGGCAGAGGCCGGUGUUCCCUCUGUGAUGAGCUGUGCCCUGAGAGUAAGUCUGAGGAGCCUGUCUGUGCCAGCGACAAUGCCACUUACGCCAGCGAGUGUGCCAUGAAGGAAGCUGCCUGCUCCUCAGGUGUGCUGCUGGAAGUGAAGCACUCCGGAUCUUGCAACUCCAUUUCGGAAGAUACCGAGGAAGAAGAGGAAGAUGAAGACCAGGACUACAGCUUUCCUAUAUCUUCCAUUCUAGAGUGGUAAACCCUCCACCAGUGUUCAGUGUGACAUAGCCUUGGGCAAAAAAAAAAAAAAAAAAGGGAAAGAAAAAAGAAAAAAAUAUAUUGUCCAUACUGUAAAUAAGUGUAUGCUUAUUUAUUUGGGGGGAAAACUAUACAUAAAGGACUUUGGUCCUAGAGCUCUCUCCCAGGCCACCUUGUUACUCAUUGGACACGGAGAGGCAGUCAUUGUGAGGUCUACUGGAUGAGGCCCAUAGUUGAGACUUGUAGACAUUUAUUUAUACUGUGUCAUGUUUUAUAAUUUAUACAUAAAAUGUCUGGUUGACUGUACACCUUGUUUUUGAAGAAAUUUAUUCGUGAAAGGAAGAGCAGUUGUUAUUUAUUGUGAGGUCUCUUGCUUGUAAAGUAAAAGCUUUUUUUUUUUCCUUGUAAACCAUUUAAGUCCAUUCCUUACUAUUCACUCACUCAUCUGUCUCCCUUCAUCUCACUGUUGUUAGACUCUUCCACUUUAACAAACUUGCAUGUCAGUUUCUGUCAUGUUUAUUUAUUGGAUUCUCUGCUGCCUGUUCUGUACAUACAUGAUCCCUCGGGUUUUGUUUACAAGGAAUCUUGACUGACCAAAAGGUGUUAUAACUGACUCAAAUAGAAGGUACAGAGGAUACAUCUUCGAGGAAACUCCUAGUUCAGUUCUCUUGUCAUGAUUUGUGAGAGAAAGGGGGAUAGUAAUGUUAGGAUUCUCAUAAUAUACUUUUAAGAUGUUGCAAAUCCAAAGAAACUGAGUGAUAUGGGUAUCUGGAGACUGAAGGAAGGGAAUGCUAUACAUUCAACCUUUUGUUAGGUGUUUCCUUUAAGCUAGUCUGCUGUACCUCUUCAAUAAGUUCUUUUUCAAACAAUGUGUCACUAAAAGUUAUAUCAAAGCUUUAUCAGUUCAAGUUUCUUGCUUUUCAUAAUACUUUUUUCUGAUGCAAUUUUAUAUUUUCAAACAUGGCAAGUUAAAUAUAAAUUCAUUUAAAUAUAUAGUUUUGUACUUUUCUACCAUGUAAAUGUGCAAUGUAUAUAAAAGUUAUAAUGUGUAUUUGUAAAUAAAUGAUGAGUGAAAAAAUAAAAAAAUUUUAAAAAGCCAA